CAACAUAACUACUAAGCACUCUGACUAACCGCCUGCCCCCUCACUGAGGUGAUUACCGCCUAAAGGGGCCUAUUGAUCAUUACCAAACACUCAUGUGGAAUUGAACACAAGACCAGUCGGUUAGCCUCAACCGAGCACUAGAAUGUCUUCAACUCAGUUUACUUCAAGUCUCGCAGCAAAUCCCCGAGAUGCUCGGGAAACAUCAUUGUCGGAACAAACACCGCUCCUUGCGGAACAAGGCCUCAAUGCGACCCCAGAAUCCCAUGAGCACCAAGACCAUCUAGUACAGGAACCCACUACAAAAGAAGUGAUCCUAAUCUUGGGAAGUGUAUGGGUGGGGGUCUUCUUGGCUGCUUUAGACACGACUGUUGUUGCCACACUAACUGGUCCUAUUUCGUCCUCAUUCCAUUCAUUCUCGCUUCUCUCAUGGCUGGCAACUGGGUAUCUCAUUGCUAAUGCCGCCUCUCAACCGCUGAGCGGACGGUUAACUGACAUUUUCUCUCGACGUACCGGCCUAAUAUUCUCCAAUGUCUUCUUCGCGGUUGGUAACUUGGUAUGCGGUUUGGCCAAAAGCGAGGGCGUCAUUGUGUUAGGCCGCGUUAUUGCAGGAAUUGGUGGAGGUGGUAUCCUUACGAUUUCGGUGUUUGUCACCUCCGACUUGGUGCCUCUUAGGAAACGAGGGGUUUGGCAGGGGUUCGGCAACAUAUGCUAUGGAGCCGGAGGCGGACUGGGUGGCGUAUUCGGGGGGUGGAUCAAUGACACGCUGGGAUGGCGAUGGGCUUUCCUAAUUCAGGUCCCGUUUGUUGUAAUCUCAGGCAUCCUCGUUGCGGUCAAGUUGGAUCUGCCCGUUAAGGAAUCGGGGAAGGCCAAAUUGAAGCGAGUUGAUUUCCUUGGAGCGAUCACCCUGGUCAUCACACUCGUUCUCUUCCUUCUCGGACUCAAUACAGGUGGGAAUCAGCUUCCAUGGACGCAUCCACUGGUUCUCACAGCGUUUCCUCUCUCCGCCAUGUUUCUAAUGAUUUUCGUUUACAUUGAAGCGAAUAUCGCGUCCGAGCCUGUCAUUCCCGUUCGGUUGCUUCUCAACCGGACUGUCUUUUCUGCCUGCCUUACGAACUGGUUGGUUGUCAUGGCAGUAUAUGGGCUCAUUUUCUACUUGCCACUCUUGUUCCAGGUUCAGGGCUCUUCAGCGACCGGCGCUGGCAUAAAAUUGAUCCCCCAGGCAGUCGGAACGUCGCUAGGCUCGUUGGGGGCUGGGAUACUCAUGCGUGCAAGUGGGAGGUAUAGUCUGUACAGCAUGAUAUCUGUGUCACUCAUCAUCGUCUCCAAUGCCCUCAUCUGUACUUUGACCCUCAGUUCUCCUUCUUGGCAGCCUUUCAUCUACUUCCUUCUCAUGGGAGUUGCAUAUGGCGCCAUUCUAACCAUCACGCUCGUGGCGCUUGUUUCCGCCGUGGAUCAUGAACAUCACGCUGUGGUCACAUCGGCGUCCUAUGCUUUUCGCAGUACAGGAAGCACAAUAGGUAUCACCGUCGCUUCUGCGGUAUUCCAGAACAUUCUGAAGUCCGGACUUUGGUCACGAUUUGGCGACCGGGAGGAUGCGAAGAGAUUGAUUCCACGAAUCAGGGACAGUCUUGAUGAACUCCAGAAACUCCCCGCUGACUGGAAACCUGGGGUGUUGGCGACGUAUAUGGAGUCCUUACGAGCUGUGUUCCUUACUCUACUUGGACUCACCAUCUUAGGGGCAGUGGUCAGUUUAGGUAUGCGCGAACACAAAUUACAUACGAACCUGGCACGCGCCGAAUCACCGGACGCAGACGCAGACGCAGAAUAAGGAGGGGUAGUAUAUAUGGUAUAGAGGGGGUCAAUUGGGUAUCACUGUAUAACCCGAGUAUGGAUAGAAAGUACACACUACCUCCAACGGGAGAGAGCUGCUUUAUAGAUGUGAUCUCUUUUGAGUUAAACCUAAAGCAAACCAUGAUCACUGCCGCUACUACCUUACCUAGGUACUAUGAGUAUGUUUCCCCC